CAUGGAGGCGAACCGCGAAACUUGGUCGCCUGUGUCUGGACCGCGUACUGUUCUCUGACUUACUUUGAGUACGUGGAUUUAGUAAAAAUGUUGAGUUUAAAUGUGGAAUCAUGACCAAAUUGCUGCUUCAAAGCGACUUCGACAGCUUGUGUGGCAAGCUCAAGGACAAAGUUGCCGUAGUCUAUGAUGUUGGGAAACAUCGUUCUAGUCUUACAUACGGAAACCUAGAUGACAUCUCUAGAAAAAUAGCGCACAAAAUCCAGUCUCAUGGGUGCUCAAACUCCGUAGUUGCUUGCCUGUGUAGGCCAACUGCUUUUGCUCCGGCGCUUAUUAUCGGAACACUUCGAGCAAAAUGUGCUUUCAUGUUCUUGGAUAUCGAAGAUGCAGAAUACCAGUUUACUCAUCCAGUGAAUAUCCUUGCUGGAGAUAAGCAACUGUUUGAGACUGUCUUGGACCAGAGUCACUGGCAGGUCAUAGACUGUCUUUGGGACAACACAUCCGUACUGGCAAAGUACAUCAAAGAGAGAGAUCCCACGAUGCUUGCAAACAGUUCUACUGGCGUGGACAUUGCCUACGUCAUGAAGACAUCAGGAACAACAGGGCGACCAAAAGUUGUGAGAGUGCCUCAUGAAUGCAUUCUACCAAAUAUCAAUCACUUGAGGGAGCUGCUGAAUGUGUCUUCGAAAGACGUCAUAUUUCAAGCAGCACCACUCACGUUUGAUCCAUGCAUUGUUGAAAUGUUUUUGGCACUGGGUUCCGGAGCUACGCUGUUCAUGACUUUGGACAGUGUGAAAAUGAAUCCGAGAUUGAUCUCGUCGCUCCUCGUAUCUAAUGCGGUGUCUGUCAUGCAGGUAACUCCGAGCUUCUUUUUAAGGCUGAGCAGACCCUUAGUGACGAGUGCCUUGUUAGCAAGGAACUCAAACCUGAGGGUUCUGGUCUUUGGGGGAGAAGCUUGUCCUACUUCCCAAUUACUACAUGAGUGGAAAGAAAACGGAAAUGAAACUGAGUUCUACAACGUCUACGGGAUUACAGAAGUUUCUUGUUGGGCAACCUGCAGUCGCAUAGAUGUUGAGAGCAGAAGCACUGAACCUGUUCCUUUAGGCAGACCACUGGAGGGAACGGUGCUUGAAGUCCGGAGUGAGAAUGGGGAUGCCAUUAACGAAGGCCUAGGCACACUGUUUGUAGGUGGAACGCAAAGAAGAUGCUUAAUCGAUCUUGAGACACCAGAACAGCUUGAUGCAUGCCAUAUGAGAAACACUGGAGACAUUGUGUGCCAGUCUCCUGGCGGAACACUGACCUAUGUGGGACGCCGAGAUCGUAUGAUCAAAUACAAUGGCAAGAAAAUAAAUCCCAGCUACUUGGAAGAGGUGCUAAAAAGGACAUUGAUGUUACAAGACUGCUACUGUCAUUUUGUGAGCAACAGAGCACAGCUCCUGGUGUUUGUUCUACUCCCUCACGAGGAAGACAGGGGAAAGAUGAAGAAGAUUGACGAUGUCUUGAAGCAAGAGUGCCGCUGUCCAUACAGUGUGCAUCUCGUGUCUGUAUUUCCAAUGAGCAGACAUGGCAAGGUAAAUUACAGAGCCCUUGUAAGGCUCGCAGAGAAGAUGCAAGAAAAUUCAGGGAGCAGCACAAGUGUCGAUCCAAAGGUGCUUCUUGAAAAGCUCUGGAAGGAAACAACAGACCGGGAAGUUGCCCCAGAGAGCAAUUUUAUUUUAAGUGGUGGAAACUCCAUAAAUGCGGUGAACAUUUCUCAAGAAGUGGAACUUGCUGCUGGAUGUUCCUUGCCACUGCUAUUGGAAACUAUUCUCAAUGAGACGUUCUCCGAUGUCCUCGCUUAUAUUGAGAGCACAACUUGCCGUGACAGUCCACCGUUCCGUACGGAGAAUUCGAGGAAGAGGAAGCAAGAAGCAGCGCUUGAGGCACACUGUAACCAUCUUGUCAAGACAUCACCUUGUUUCUCCUAUGUUUCGCGGUUUGAUGAAUGGGUACAGUGUGGAUGUGAGAAGUCGUGCCAUUCAAACAUCAGAGAAGAAGAUACUAGUAUUGCACGUGCAGGAUUGAGCAUCAACUGGAGGUACGAUUUGUUGAAAUGUGUGGACGCAUCACCUCUGCUAGUGGAUUACAAAGGGAGAAUGCGUGCAGUACACGGAUCUCAAUGGUCGCACAUUUGUAGUGGUGGUAUUCAUAGAUCGAGAAGUUACCCGUCAAAAAGAACUCGUUACAAAGGAGACACUGUCAUGUUCAUCGGUUCACAUUAUGGAAAGUUUUCUGCAGUUCACACUCGUGGAGUCAGCUUCUGGGAUACUUAUCUUCCAAAUCGAAUAGAAUCAUCUGCAUGCAUCUCUGUGUCUGGGAAAUAUGUCGCAGUUGGUUGCCACGAUUACCAUAUUUACAGCCUCAGAAGUGACAGUGGACAUCUGCACUGGAAGUAUCAAACAGGAGGAGAGGUCAAGAGCUCCACGGCACUAAAUAAGACAAAUAAUGCCCUUCUAUGCGGGUCACACGACAAACAUAUCUACUGCAUAGAUUUUGAGACCGGGAACUUGCAGUGGAAAAAACAGAUAUCGGAAGGAAGUGUUUUCGCCUCCCCUACAGUCAGCUACAAGCCCUACUGUGUAUACGCGGCUACUCUAGAUGGACGUAUUUCUUCACUCUGCCCCGACACUGGCAAUACACUGUGGUGUCACACUUUAUCCAAGCCCAUCUUUUCAUCACCCUUGGUUCUGACCAGAGGGGUCUGUGUGUGCUGUGUUGGAGGAACAGCUAGUCUUCUUGACCACACAAGUGGAUGCCUGUUGUGGACAACACAACUGGGUGGCCCCAUAUUUUCCUCGCCAGUGCUUCAUCAAGAACCUGUGCCUUUCAUCAUAUUUGGAUGCCAUGACAAACACUUGUAUGUGAUCAAAGAAAGCGACGGGUCGGUUGUACACUCCUUGAGCUUCGAUUCUCCGAUCUACUGCACAGCAUUCUGUGUUGAAAAAAGUGGAGAAAGUGCUGUCGUAGUCACUGCAAGCACAGAAGGUACAGUGUAUGUCGUGGAUUGCCGUGAAGGUACAAAGCUGGCUUCAUAUCAUCUCCCCGGGUGUCUACCAACGUGGAAAACUGGGGAGUGUCGGCGACUUUUGACGCAACUGGAAAAGUCAGGGGAUUGCCAAGGAAUUUGGAGAAAAUUAGCUGAAGUCAGAGAAAAUCAAAUCGCAGACAAGUGCCGUGACAACAUGCAGCGAAUCGGGCGUGCCGAUCAGUGGUUGAGUGGCACCACCGUAGCAAUGUUGCUGCUAGUAGCAGUUCGCCAAUGUGCGACAAGCUCAGAGGCAGAAAAGUAUAGGGCAGCCUUAAUAAUACUCAAUAAAUGAUAUCUAGCAUAUCAAAACGUAUUAGUGUA